ACAAAAUUCAAAAGGAAGCAAACAAAUUCGAGAAUAGCAAAAAACAAUACAAAUAUUUAUUGUAUUAAGAUUGUGUAUAGAUCUAAAACAUUUAAUGUGAAUAAUACUCGUAUUGUUUUAGUUUAAAAUCGCAUGCAUUUCAAAAAUAAUCUAAGAAAAAGUGAAGUGUGUAAUUUCGUAAAUCACUGAUGCAUGACCAAAUUGUUGCGAAAACAGUAAAGUGCCUCGUAGAAAAUGAAUAAAUCUACUAAGCAAAAAGCAUGUAUUGAAAUGUCUGGAUGCACGCUGAAAAUAAGAACAAAUACACUGGAACAGUCCGAUAUUAAAGGAGCGAUGACAAGUGAUAAAGAGCUAGGAUCAGAUGAAAAUCAAAAUACACUAGGAGGAAAUAUAUUAAUAGGAAAUUAUGAUUUUUUGAAAGAAUUGGAGAUCACCGAAAAUGGCAUGGAUAUCUUGGAUUUGAGCUCUUUAGCGCAACUUGAGAUUUUGAUAUGUAAUCACAAUAAAUUGAAGGAGUUGAUUAUUAACGGGAAAAAUUUGAAAACUCUAACGGCGAAACACAAUAAUCUCACUACAAUAACAGCAUUAUCACCUCCAACUAAGCUGGUGAAUAUUGACAUAUCAUACAAUGAUUUCGAAGAACUACCGGAUUGGAUAGGUGCUUGCAACAAAUUAAACAGCUUAUACGGCGAUCACAACCGACUGUGGACUAUUGACAAUAUAUUCACUAAAGACAGUUUUCAAGAGUUGUCCACAUUCAGCGUUGCCUAUAAUCAACUGGCUUCUUUGAACAGUUCACCAUUAAUUUUCGCUACUGUGUCGCAUUUAUAUUUGCAAUGCAAUAUGUUGCAAAAACUUCCAGAGAGCUUCUUUGCGAUAACUUAUAAAACCUUAAAGGUAUUGAAUGUCUCGAGUAACAAUCUGUGCGCGAUUGAGCAAUGCCAUGCGCUGAAUGGCGUCUGGUGUUUGGAAGAGUUAUAUCUUUCGAAUAAUAAUCUCAACGAGAGUAUAUUUCCAACUUUUGCGGAAGCAAGGAAAUUACGCAUAAUUUACGCAGCGUAUAAUUCGAUACGCGAAUUGCCCGAAAAUAUUAUACGAAGCUGGGGUGAUUUAGAAGUGUUGGUUUUAUCGGGAAAUAAAUUACAAAAUCUACCAGACAAUAUUUGCGUGCUUACAAAAUUAGAAGUUUUGCGUUUGCAUUCAAAUCUAUUAUAUAAAACGCCAAGUCUUUCGAAAUUAUCGAAUUUGAAAGUCUUAGAUUUAGCACACAACCAUUUGGAUCAUGUAAAUCUUUUGAAUAUUAUGCCAAAGAAUAUAAAAUAUUUAGAUUUGUCGUGUAACUUGCAAUUACAAUUCGAUGAGAAGCAAGUACAGAUGUGCCAAAGUUUGAAGAAAAUGAGUUUAGUUGAUGUAUCUGGUAAGAAUCGGGCAAGCUUGCCGACAACGCAAUUGGAAGAAUUGAAAGAUAGCAAUAGUUUACGACAGCCAUGGACUGUAGGAUUCGCUGAAACAACUGGAAAAUGCCGAAAACUGCUGGUAAAUCAAAUACGCUUAUGCAACUUCGCAGAAGAUGAAGGACUCUUCGGUAUUCUUGAAACCGGGACUUUGGGUGCAGUCACCACAGCGUUAGUGAAUCUGGUGCCACAAAUAUUGAUACAUGAGCGGAGUGUAAAAGAAACAGCAAAGGAAUAUAUGAAAUAUACAUUGCUGUCAGUAUAUCAGCGUUUGGCUAGAGAGAGAGGAUGCGAAGAUAUGCAUAUUGCCCUAUGUCAUAUUUCGAAAGAAAGCGCAGGCUUCAAAGACUAUAUGCGCCCAAAGAGAACCAGGCGGUACGUACUGCGUGUUGCAAGCAUUGGUAAUAUAGGGGCAUAUCUAGUGCGUAGAACAUCAACAAUAUGUUUGACAGGUGCUACCCAUAGUACGAAAAUUUCUAACAGCGAUACGUGCACUGACGGCAAAAUUUGUCGUAUCACUGAUCCCUCGAUACAUGAAACGUUUUUGAGUAACGAUGAUGAAUUCUUAGUAAUAUGCAACGCUCAUAUCUGGGGAGUUAUGGACAUUGAACUCGUUACUAAAGAGAUACGAAAGGAAGAAAAUAUAGUUUUAGCCGCAAAGCGGUUACAAGAUCUUGCUCAAAGCUUCGGUGCAGAUCAUAACCUCAGCAUUAUUGUCAUACGGUUCAGAUACAUUGGCACGGAUGUAGAUGAUUUAUUGAAAGAGCUGAAACAAACAGUACGCAAGAAUCCUAUAACACAAAACAUGAAUACCGAUGACAAACUUUCGUUAGGUAGCCAUCGCCUCAUUGGACGUUGUUCGCCACGCCAAAACUUAAUGGGAGGCAUAAUGAAAAGUGAUCGCUCCUCACCGAGUGGACAAAGCGAUCAUGUACAUAGCUAUCUUAAUAAAGGUGUUAAUAAUGAAGAAUAUGCUUUUGCGACAGAGCAUGUUAUAGAAGAAGAUGAUGAUAUGGAAAUUCUGCAUGAAACCGAUUCUGUGCUUUCAGAAGAACAAUUUAAGUGUUGGGAAUAUAUGUUGGAGCAAAACACUCAACUGCUGUUCGAUAAAGAACUCAAUACAAUAUCGAAAUCGAUUACGAAAUAUCCAAAAAAUGAAGUGGGUGUCGAGCUCAAUAUUGAACUGGAUAAAAGUGAAUACAAAGAAAACAAUUUAAUUAAAAAUAUUGGAAAUCGUUUCAUAUCGCACAGCUCGCCACAGCUGUUAUAUAGUGAAAUUAAGAAACCUCUCACAACAUUUACCCAUAAACAUCAGGAAAAAAGCUUUCAGCGACAACAACAACAACAAAAACAACAACAAAUUUCUUUCUUAUCAAAGCACUUUGGUAGCUGCCGUUCAUUUCAAACCCAAUCUCGAUAUAACCUUUUUGAGUCGAAGAGCCAAAAUGCGGUAAAUGUUGGAUUGUCUUCGAAAUGGAGUGGUGGCCCAAAUGCAGCCUAUUUUGGUUCGUUACAACGCUUGAUGCCAUACAAUUUGGAGUACGAUUUCACGGUAACACAGGAUCGCUCAGCCCUGAACGAAGAAGAUGACGAUUUUAAUGAACAAGAGGAUCGGAUGAAAAAAUAUUGGGGUAUAGCAACUACAGAACUGUAAACAUGCAGUAGAAAUACUUAUACGAGAUGUGUUCAAAAAAUAAGGUGAAUUUUAAUUUUUCUCCAAAAAUAUUUUUUUAUGCAUCAAUUUCUAUUUUAUCUCCUUCAAAGUAGUCCCCCUCAGAUAUAAUGCACUUGUGCCAGCGUUUUUUCCAAUCCUCGAAGCAGUUCAGAAAAUGCAUAUUUUUGGUAUAUCCUUGAGCUCUCUCAGC